AUGUCAUACACUCAAGAGUCAUAUAUUAAUUUAAGAAACACUAUUCACCCCCAUGCCAUGGAUCAUGGCUUCAACCAAAGCCCUGUAAACAUCAAAUCCUCCAUCAGGCAUUGUUCAUCCCUGGGAGUACAAUAUUUGCUACUUGGUUGCUGCAGUUGGAUUCACUGCAGCAGUAGCAGAGUCCCAAGGUUGAGUCCUGUUGCCACUGUGGCUGGGCUGAACAGCUACAUGUGCCUCUCCUGCUCCUGCUCCUGGAAGUGCACACACUGGGAAGCACAAAGGAAGCUGGGCCCAUGGCCCCUUGCCAUCACCAGUAAGUCUACCCCUGGGUGGAUCAGCCCUUCUGGUUAAACGGGUCACUGCCCUUCCUCUUUGGGCCUUCCCCAUCAUCACCGAACGAGACUGCCACCGAGAUGAGUCAAACCGUCAGACAACAUCUGCACCCUCCACACAGCACGUCCAUGCGCUUGGAUAGUUCAGCUGGUGGGCUCAGCCCAGUUUCUUUGCUCAGCGGAAGCAAAGAAACCCUGGUUGACUGGGGGGCGUCUGGUAGCUGAACCUUUUCAGUGUCCCAAGCGCAGCUGGGUGAUCUGGUUCAUUUUUGACUGAUCCCAGAAGGUAGACAAGGCCUAUGAAGACAGCAGUGAGAGGAAGUUUGGCCUUGAAUGGAUGUACUCUACCAGGGUUUGAGAUCUGCUGACCUGGAGACUCUUGUAUAACUCCAUCCCCUCAUCAUCAGCUCUGGAUCUGAAAAGGUGCCUGAGAAAACAGCUUCAUUAGUAACCCUGAAGCACUCACUCAGUGAUGAAGUGCCAAGCAUUAGAGAGAGUCCGUGAAGAAAAGGAAAAGCAGGAUGUUGGAGCACGCUGACUGCAGGACAAGAUGAAGUUUCCGGCCACGUGACUUUCAGCUUACAUCCUGAGGUUCUGAGAAACCACAGGAGGCUGAGACCUAAAGGGAAGGUGCAGAGGCUCUGAGAGGAGAGGCAGCGAAAGUGUUGGACUGCUGGGCAGGAGGACAGAGAGCUUCUGGGACGGGUAAGAGUAGGAAGCCAAGGGCCACAUCAGAGGUGACAGAGGAGGGCAGAGGAGAGGCAGAGAAGCAAGACAGAAAGCAGGCACACCAAGAGCACAAAGGAAGCUGAAGAGACCCUGGGAGCCAGAAGCAGCAGCUAUGCCCCACAGCUCUGACAGCAGUGAUUCCAGCAGCUUCAGCCAGUCUCCCCCUCCCAGCAAGCAGGACUCUUCUGAUGACAUGAGGAAAGUCCAAAGGAGGGAGAAGAAUCGCAUUGCUGCCCAGAAGAGCCGCCUGAGGCAGACCCAGAAAGCAGACACACUGCACUUGGAGAGUGAAGACUUGGAGAGACAGAAUGCUGCCCUGCGCCGGGAGAUCAAGCAGCUGACAGAGGAAAUGAAGCACUUCACCUCGAUGCUGAGCUCCCAUGAACCGCUCUGCUCCAUCUUGACAUCCCCUCCACCGCCUCCAGAAGUGCUUUAUGCCACACACUCUUUUCACCAGCCCCACAUUAGCUCCCCACGCUUCCAGCACUGAGCCAGCCAGCAGGAGAGCAGCCUGCCAGCUCCACUGACAGCAAGAAGUAACUUUGUGGGGCUUGCUUUCCCAUCCAAGGGAAAGAACUGGACAGACGGACAUUCCUUCUUAAAGUAUGUAUUCUGAGUGAUUUGCCUAAGACUUGCUCCCUAUGCAGAAAUGGCAGAGCCACCAUGAGGCAUCUUUGGACAGUUUCCAGCUUGGAUUCUGGGAGGAAGAGGCAGUCACAAAAGGGCACCAACCCCCUUCUCUGGUCCUUGUCUGGGGAGACUCACAGGAGUGUGUAGUACUGGCAGCCUCCAUAAGAGCAGCUGGCCAUGGCAUGCAACAGCCAGACCUCCAGGAAGAGGAAAGGGAGCAGGGGUGGAGGGGAAGAUUGGGGGCCACAGAGUGUCAGGG